AUGCCUUCCUUUGCUGAAACUCCAACAGCCGCAAACAUCCAAACCGCAUUUCAGUUGCAGCAUCUAGUAGAGGCUGGUCACAAGAAUGCAAGUUGUAUUGAUCAAGAGACACUUAAAGUUAUCAAAUCCAUUACCGAUGCCCAACCAGGAAAAGAUGCAACAUCCCUACGCACACCAGAAUGGGCAAAUACAAAAGAAGGCUUUCAGAAAAAAGUUUCCUCAUUCUUAGAAGGACUUGCAGAAAAUCUUAAAGUUAAAGAACUCAACCUUUCAGAUGAAUCAGACGAUAGUGAAGAAGAUUCUGAUUUGCAAGAAGAAAGUGAAGAGGAGAGUGAAGGAGAAGGAGAAGAAGAAUAUGAUUCUGAAUAUGAUAGUGAUGAAUACACGGAAUCGGAGGAUGAACGUAAUACUUUGGAUCGAAUUAGUGAGGAUGAAGAUGAAGAUGAAGGGGCUGAGCCGAAGAAAUGUUUGGAUGCUAAGCUUGGUGAAGGAAUUAUCCUUCAUGAAAUAAUCGGUCGAAAAGUAGCCCGCUAUGGAAACAAAGUCCUAAAGUCAGGACGAAAUCUCCGUCUCUCCGAAGCAGACGCUAUGCGCUACAUCGCAACCCACACCAGUAUUCCCGUACCCCGCGUCUUGGACGCCGUCACCGAUGGAAAACUAACCAGUAUAACCAUGGAAUACAUCGAAGGGGAUCGACUCGACAAAAUCUGGAACUCCCUCGCGGAAGAACAAAAAACUACCAUAGUCUCUCAAAUCCACAAUUACCUCACCCAACUCCGCAACCUAACUGGAAAAUACAUCGGCGGUAUAAAUCGCACCCCCGCUAUCGAUUCCCGCCGCUACGAUCUCGAAGGAGGCCCUUUUACAUGCGAAGCCCAAUUCAACGAUUUCCUCCUCUCGGAUGCUUAUCCCCAAGUUCCCAAAUGUUUCCUCACGAUGGCGGAGAAUUCUCUGCGGACUAAUCAUUCUAUUGUUUUCGCGCAUGGGGAGUUAGCACCGAGGAAUAUUUUGGUGAGAGAGGGAUAUGUGGUUGCGGUUCUCGAUUGGGAAUAUGCGGGUUGGUAUCCGGAGUAUUGGGAUUUUGUGAAGAGUUUUAAUGCGUUGGAUGCUAGGUGUGGGAGUUGGUAUGAUUGGGUUGGGAAGGUUUUUCCGGUGGCCUGGGAGCAGGAGUUUAUGAAUGAUCGAUAG